GCCGUGUCGGGUCUCGUGUGUAGCGAUACGUCGAGGCCUUUCCACAGAAUGAAAGCAGGUGCAAAGGCACGGAAGCGCAAAGGAGCCUAGCGAGAGGGCGUUUUGAGAGGGUCUGUGAACCCCCGGGGAGGAACCCCCGGUGGCCCUGCCCCUAAGGGUUUGGAAUCCCCUGCAAGGACGAGCGACCAUCGAGACACACUUCCGUGGCCUCCGAGAGUCCUAGAGAGGAAACGGAAGCGGUUCUUUCCUCACGCACCUGUCUGAUAGCGUCCUCAGGCCACUUCCGGUCUGCGGAGGGCAAGAGAGAGCGUGGCGGGGUGAGGGGCAGUAGGUUUCUCAGAAGACUGUCAUUCUCAGUCUUCCUGGAGGGAACGGAAAGAUGCUUAAAGAGCGUCCAGGGAUGGCAGAAGAGCCUCAGCAGCAAACAAGUGUUCCUGUGGUGAAACUGGAGAAAGAGUUACCAUGGGGCCGGACCAGGGAAGACUCUAGUCCUGAGACUUUUCGUCUGAGGUUUCGGCAGUUCCGCUACCAGGAGGCAGCUGGACCCCAGGAAGCCCUCAGGGAGCUCCAAGAGCUCUGUCGUCAGUGGCUGAGGCCUGAGUUGCACACUAAGGAGCAGAUCCUGGAGCUGUUGGUGCUGGAGCAGUUCCUGACCAUCCUGCCUCGAGAGUUCUAUGCCUGGAUCUGGGAGCAUGGCCUGGAGAGUGGCAAAGCCCUGGUGGCCAUGGUGGAGGACUUGACAGAAAGAGCUCUGGAGGCCAAGGCGGUUCCAUGCCAUGUGCAGGGAGAGCAGGAGGAGACAGCACUUUGCAGAGGUGCGUGGGAGCCAGCCGUUCACCUGGGGCCAGUAGAGAUCAAGCCUGAGUGGGGGAUACCCCAUGGAGAAGGAGUUCAAGCCCUAGACCAAGGCACUGAGGAGCGCCUCAAUCAGGACCCUAGAGAUGGGACCGAAGACUUCCAGGAGCAGGCCCUGCCCAUUCUUCAGGCAGGUCCUGGCCUACCCCAAGUGAAUACCAGAGACCAAGAGAUGACAGCUGGGUUCUAUACAGCUGGAUCUCAGGGGUUAGGACCAUUUAAAGAUAUGACUUUGGUCUUCCCUGAGGAAGAGUGGAGGCACGUGACCCCAGCUCAGAUAGAUUGCUUUGGGGAAUAUGUGGACCCACAGGACUGUGGGGUGUCUGCAGGCAUUGGGAGCAAGGAAAAGGAGGCCAAACCCCUGCAGGAAGAGCUGAAAGGGUCGCUGGCUGCAUUGCCGGCUCAGAGGUUUGGGGAAGCUGAUCUCCAGGGCCCUGGACUGGGACGGGCCUGUGAGCAGGAGCCAAGUAGCUCUGAGGGUGGCGUGCCCGGGAUUCCUCCCCAGCAUGGCACCAUUGCCAUGCCUGAUGACCUCAAAACUCAGAACUCCUGGAAGCCUUUCCAGUGCCCUGAAUGUGGAAAAGGCUUCAGUCGGAGCUCAAAUCUGGUUAGACACCAGCGAACCCACGAAGAGGAGAAAUCCUAUGGCUGUGUGGAGUGUGGGAAAGGCUUUACCCUCAGAGAGUACCUGAUGAAGCACCAGAGAACCCACCUGGGGAAGAGACCCUAUGUGUGCAGUGAGUGCUGGAAAACCUUCAGCCAGAGACACCACCUGGAGGUGCACCAGCGUAGCCACACCGGGGAGAAGCCCUACAAGUGUGGGGACUGCUGGAAGAGCUUCAGUCGGAGGCAGCACCUGCAGGUGCACCGUAGGACGCAUACCGGGGAGAAGCCCUACACCUGUGAGUGUGGCAAGAGCUUCAGCAGGAAUGCCAACCUGGCUGUGCAUCGGCGCGCUCACACUGGGGAGAAGCCAUAUGGGUGCCAGGUGUGUGGGAAGCGCUUCAGUAAAGGGGAGCGGCUGGUCCGACACCAGAGGAUCCACACAGGAGAGAAGCCCUAUCACUGCUCUGCCUGUGGGCGAAGCUUCAACCAGAGGUCUAUCCUCAACCGGCACCAGAAGACCCAGCACCGCCAGGAGCCCCUGGUGCAAUGAGGGCCCCAUGUGGCAAGCAGUUUUGUUGGAGGGGUGUCGUUCGUCUUAUUCACUGAAGACCCUUGGGGCUGUGGGGCACUGGUUUGCAGGAAGGCCCUUGGAAUUGCCUUUCUACCUGUUCUCAAAUGUAGGAAAAGGACAAGGCCUGGUUUACUUAGAGCUUCCAGAGAGCAUAACUGCUCCCAUCUCUUACCCAAGUGGUGCUCUGUUUUUCUUACCAUCUUUUAGGAAAAUAUUCUCCUGAGCUUUAGUUAAGGUUGGAGUUUUUCUCCUUCAGUGGAGUGUUCUGUUCACCUGCUGUAUACAGCUUGUAGUAAAGGCAAAACUUUGUCACGUGUUGGCAGCUGGUGCCUCAUUUUUUGGUGAGUUCUUUCCUACUUGCACGAUCAUUAGCUCAGCCUCUCCCUUUCCCCCAUCUGCUCUUUUCCAUUUGACAAAUAUUUAUUGACCACCUACUGUGCUGCUUCCCCUGGGUAUGCAGUGGAGGAGGAGACAGACAACACCAAGUUCUCAUGGAGCUUGUGCUGUGCGGUGGAGACACAUGCCCACUGUCAGUAACCCAAAGUAUUCUCAAGUGUGUUUUCCCUAAGUGUUGAGAGAGUGUCUUCUCUGCUUGCUCCUGCCCUGCCUGCUUCUGCACUGGACCUUCUCAGCCCAGCUGGGAUCUUCUCUCAGGCAGCCUUGUUUAUUUUGCCUUAUUUGUAGUCUCUUUUGUGUCUGGCUGUAAUGUUCUACCCUCAUCUUUAAAAUUCUCCAUUUGUUAUUCCUUGCCCUGUAACAACUGUCAUUACAUAAACUAUUAGGAAAUUAAUAUUUUGGUAUUGAUCACUGAAUAAAUAUAAGAGUAUUUUAAAAAACAUUCAGUUCUAUAGAAAGAUCUAAUUAAAUGAGUUUGAAAGAUGAACUGGUAUUAAUGCCCUGUAUUUGAUGGUAUUUUACACUAUACAGAAUGCUUUUUCUAUUUCUCAUUUGAUUCAUUCCAUAAGUAUUUAUUGAGGCUCUAUAACGUGCCAGAAACUCUUGUAGGUGUUUGAGAUACAUUCGUGAAUAAAAGGGGGGGGGAAAUUCCUGACCUCAGAGCUAGUGAAUGUACUAUAUCUUCAGAACCUGCGGAUACUCCCCGUGAAUCCUCUGGGUCUGGGAUCUGAGCCUGUACUCUUGGUCUCCUCAGCGUCUUGCCCUGAAAUAUGUUUGCUGAAUGUUCCUGUCCUCUAGUCCCUGGUUAUCUGAGACACCUGGGGUCUUCAACACCAACUGAGGAUGAUGAGGAUGACCGUUUUGCAUGGGUGCCAAUUCAGGAAAAAUAAAGAUAUUUGUAGGUAUUUUAAAAACAUACUUCUUUAAAAAUGAGAAGAUGGGGACAGCACCUGUGGUUCAAGGAAUAGGGCACUGGCCCAUAUACCAGGGGUGGCGCGUUCAAACCUGGCCCCUGCCAAAAACAAAAAACAAACAAAAAACCCCAGAAGAUGAAGCAUUUAUAACUGCUUAAGCUUAUGUUAUUUUGCCAUCACUGGAGUAUUUCCUUUCUGCUUAAAAUUCAGUAAAGUCUGUAGCUAGCAUGGACUGCAUUGUUGUGUCAUUGUGCUGUGCCUUUGAACACUGGCUGCUGGGUGAGUGAGUUUGUCUUUUGACAGUGUACUAUAACUGCAAAAUGUGAUUUGUCUCCUGGUGCCUAUUGAUGUCAUAUUCUUUUACUGAGUUUGUUUUGCAUUUUUUUUACUGUAUGUAAGAUAAAUCGUAAUGACUAACACAGAGUUCUGAUACUCAGUUCACUUUUGAACACAUGAUUUUGUUCUGUUUCUUGGCAAGCAAUGUGGUGUUUAAUUUUGAUUUAGCAAAUGACCCUCCUGGUGCAUUGGUUAUGCCCAUGAGGCUGUGUUGACCAAGGGGUAAGUGUUCCUGAGACUUGCACACUGUGCUACUGCUGUUGCUCAGCCAUGCCAAGGUCCAUAUGCACAUUAGUUCUUUUUCCCCCUAAUUUUCAGACAAGCCAAGCAAGGCUGACAGCCUCCUGCUAGCCAAACCCACUUCUGAUGGGAGGCUUCUGAUCUGAAGGAUAUAGGGCUGACUGGGUUUGAGUGUGGUUUUCUCCAAAGGUUGGUAUCCUAAGGCUGGGCAAAGACUGUGGAGGUGGGGUUGAGGAGGAGUUGCUCAGAUCGAUGUCUGUUUUCCUGAGCUAUGUUGAUGCUCUUUGGUCAUGCACUCAGCCAACAGGCCUCUAGGCUUUCGGCAAAUUUGGAGUCUUGAGAGAAGGUCCAGUAGGAGCUGGGCCUUGCCUGCUGGGAUUUGCCCAUUUCCCCCUGUGGCCUCUUACCCUAUCUGUUGUGACACCAAAACUUAUGGGCAGUGUCUCCAAGGAAGCCUCAAUUAAAAGGGAGUUUUCCCCAUAUGGAAUUGUAGACUUAUUUUUUUGUAUCUAUUUAAAUUUUGAGAAAUAUUUUCUGAAUUUUUUUUU